GGCGCCAGCUCCUGCACAGCUGCACCGCCGGGCUGCGAGCGGCUGCAAGCAAGAAAAGCCCUAGAGCCUAAGAGCCGGAGAGCAGAGCGAGCGGCGGGCGCUUUGCCCCGCGCCUCCCCUCUGCCCCUGCGCGCACCUCGCCGGCUUCUCUACCCUGCCCCGGCUCGACCCGACUCGUUCUCGGCGCGGUCGCAGCCCCGAGCUCCGGGGCAGCUCAGGCAGCCUCGGGAGGACUCUCCGGCGCGCCGCCGCGUCCCCAGACAAAGGCUUGGCCGGCGGCCCCGGCCCGCUGCGCCCGCUGCGCCCUCGGCUCCCCGCCUCCCGGGCUUGCCGCUCUUCGCCCCCGCGUUUGGCUCGCCGCGUCCCGGCCGGCCGCAAAGUUUUCUCCCCCCUAGCCCCCCCGCGGCAGCGGCGGCUGAGCCUCGCUUUUAGCGAUGGCCGCGGAGCUGAGCAUGGGGCCAGAGCUGCCCACCAGCCCGCUGGCCAUGGAGUACGUCAACGACUUCGACCUUCUCAAGUUCGACGUGAAGAAGGAGCCACUGGGGCGCGCGGAGCGUCCCGGCCGGCCAUGCACACGCCUGCAGCCCGCCGGCUCGGUGUCGUCCACCCCGCUCAGCACCCCGUGCAGCUCCGUGCCUUCUUCUCCCAGCUUCAGUCCAACCGAACAGAAGACCCAUCUCGAGGACCUGUACUGGAUGGCGAGCAACUACCAGCAGAUGAACCCCGAGGCGCUCAACCUGACGCCCGAGGACGCGGUGGAGGCGCUCAUCGGUUCGCACCCGGUGCCCCAGCCGCUGCAGAGCUUCGACGGCUUCCGUAGUGCACACCACCAUCACCACCACCACCACCCUCAUCCGCACCACGGGUACCCAGGAGCCGGUGUGACUCACGAUGAGUUGGGCCCGCACGCUCACCCGCACCAUCACCACCAUCACCAAGCGUCUCCCCCGCCGUCCAGCGCGGCCAGUCCGGCGCAACAGCUGCCCACGAGCCACCCCGGGCCGGGACCGCACGCAGCCGCCGCGGCGACGGCCGCGGGCGGCAACGGCAGCGUGGAGGAGCGCUUCUCUGACGACCAGCUGGUGUCCAUGUCGGUGCGGGAGCUGAACCGCCACCUGCGGGGCUUCACCAAGGACGAGGUGAUCCGCCUGAAGCAGAAGCGGCGGACCCUGAAGAACCGGGGCUACGCCCAGUCGUGCAGGUAUAAACGCGUCCAGCAGAAACAUCACCUGGAGAACGAGAAGACGCAGCUCAUUCAGCAGGUGGAGCAGCUUAAGCAGGAGGUGUCCCGGCUGGCCCGCGAGAGAGACGCCUACAAGGUCAAGUGCGAGAAACUCGCCAACUCCGGCUUCAGGGAGGCGGGCUCCACCAGCGACAGCCCCUCCUCUCCUGAGUUCUUUCUGUGAGUCGUGGCGGGUCCCGGCCCCCCGCCCUUGCCCUGGCCCAGACUCCCUAUCCUGUGCCCCUAACCCCGGACUCCCUGUCCCUGCCUUGGCCCCCGGCCUUGACCUGUUUGACUCGAGCUAAGAGGGUGGAAGGACGCGCGGGUCGCGGGAGCACGGGCGGGUAGAGAACCUUGGCUAAGAAGAGUGCAGCGCAGGGCAGCGCAGCCUCUUAGACUUGGGCCGAGUUAGAGAGACCCGGGGCGGGUGGGAGGUCUCGGAGUAACUUUUCUCCAAGCUGGAAGGCCGCGAGGCAUAUUCCAAGGAGUCGCCAAGGCCGCCUGGACACUUCUGGCUCUGAGAACUUUGUGAGUGCCAGGGCCGCCGCUUUGCAGCCCCGGACUCAGUUCGCCCCAGGAAGAGCAGAGGAGAGGAGAGGGACUCUGGAGUCCCCGUGGGCGCGAGGCAAGGCUGAGCUAAGGAAAGGAAAAAACCAGACAGAUCUGUCUGUCCAGAGUACGGAGAACACUGGCUCUCAGCCCGAGACGCGGGCCUCAGUUAGGACUUUCGGCGCGCGAAGGAGAAAAAAAAAUCUCAUCAGUUUUAAUGCCUGCUCGAUUAUAUAGAAAAAUACGAAAAUCUGCAUUAAAAAUAUUAAUCCUGCAUGCUGGACAUGUAUGGUAAUAAUUUCUAUUUUGUACCAUUUUCUUGUUUAACUUUAGCAUGUUGUUGAUCAUGAAUCAUAACCCCCCUGGUUUCUUUGGGUGAGAAGGGAUGCAGUUCCUAAACUCCUGCAGCUGCGAGCGAGCGAGCGGAGUUUCAGUCGCCGGCCGGCUUGUAAAUUACCCGCCCGGCCAAACCACAUUGAGAAGGUAGCAGCAAGCUGAGUCUUUGUUUGGGUUUAUUAUUAUACCAUUUUUGUUUGUAAGUAAAAAUAAAAUUUAAAAAAAAAAACCCACCAAGCCCAACUUUGUCGGGGGAAUCCUUGGAAUUUGUCUCUUCGCUCUCCUCUUCCUUCCUACUUCAGUUUUAAGUUUUGUUGAGGGAUAGCUAAGGGAGAGAGAGCUGCGGAGAUCCACACGGUGCAGAAGCCUGUCCUCUUAUCAUUGGGGCCUGGUCUUGGGGCCAAAUUGACGACCCCCACCACCACCACACACACACAAGAAGAAAAGAAAGACCCGGGCUUUGCGUCCUAAGAAGUCAACCCAGGGCUGGUUUAGAUCCUCCAGAAGGACGCUAAUUGCAAGCUCCCCGCCACACACACACCAGGGCUUAGGGUGAAAAGAUUUCUCCCACCUCUUGCUACGUGUCAAUGAUGAUCUGAGCUCGUAUUGAGCCAAAAGCCAUUCUUAGAAUAUUCUAGAAACCCACACAUUGGCAACUAAUGCUGCAACUCUCAAGUGCGUUCUUUAGACCAAUGCAUUUAGACCAAUGUUUCUCUGCUGUCCGCUGUCCGGAGAGCAGGGAGACUUAUUGGUGGUGUUCAACUCCCUUCCGUUGUACAGUAGUUAUAGGGGAGGUCUGGGUGUUUUUCUUUAUUGUUACUUUCAUUUCUGCGGGUCAGUAAAAGGAUUCAGUUGCACUGACAAAAAUACCAAAAUGAAAGCAUACUUUAAAAAAUUCCCACCUGAAUUUGCUGGCGCUGCUGGCUGGAUGCUUUUUGUUUGUUUGUUUUUUGAGUUUGUAUUAGUUGAUAAAUUUACAGUAAAUAACAAGAUUGUAUGAACCGCAUGGUGCUUGCAGUUUUAAAUAUUGUGGAUAUUCGUCCUGCAUCGGAAACGAGCUUUGGUUUUUACUGAUUCAACUGUGUUGAAAUCAAACUUGCCGCAACGCAACAGAAAUUGUUUUUAAUUUCAUGUAAAAUAAGGGAUCAAUUUCAACCCCCUGCUUAUGAUAUGAAAAUAUUAAAAUCUAGUCUUAUUGUAGUUUUAAUUCAGACUGGUUUCUGUUUUUUGGUUAUUAAAAUGGUUUCCUAUUUUGCUUAUUAAAACCAUGGAAAUGGUAUUUAUUUAGAGGA